AGGCCCUGAUGCGCGCCCUGUGCCGCCGGCAGCCGUUGCUGUACAGCUUCCAAACCGCGCUGCCACGGCUGCCAGUGCCGACAGUGCAGGAUACAGUCAGCAGGUACCUGCAGUCCGUGCGCCCCCUGCUGGACGAGCCGCAGUUCGCCGCCAUGGAGGCGCUGGCCAAUGAGUUCAGGGAGAAAACGGCGCCGAAACUGCAGCGAGUGCUGAGGGUCAAAGCGUGGUGGAAGAGCAACUACGUGAGUUAUGGGGAUAUAUGGGGCUCCCUGCUGGCGGUGAUGGCGGCCAUCUUGAUCUCCCUCUUGGCCCCGUUCUCAGCCGUGCUGCUGCUGUUCCGUGGCUGCCCCCGGUUCCAACAGCGGCUGCUGCAGCUGCUGCUCCCAAUGGGGGCGGCCGCGCUCAGCGGGGACGCAAUAAUACAUCUACUGCCACAG